UUAGCUUUCCACAGACAGCCACACUGUGGCUUUAUAUCAUAAAAACAAAAUCAAAAACUUAUCUUAUCGUUCCCCGCGCCCAUUUGGGGGUGUAAGCAUGCGAGCGUGAAAACCGGCCACAAAACUCGAGAUGUUACUGCUGGAGCUGAACAUUCUGACCCUGAAUAUUUGGGGCAUACCGUAUGUGUCGAGUGAUCGGGGACCCCGCAUUGAUGCCAUCUGCAAGGAACUGGCAAGUGGCAAGUAUGACAUCGUGUCUUUGCAAGAGGUGUGGGCGCAGCAGGACAGCGAGCGAUUGCAGAAAGGCACUGAGGCGGUUCUGCCACAUAGCCACUACUUCCACAGCGGUGUGAUGGGCGCCGGUCUGCUAGUGCUUUCCAAGUACCCAAUCCUGGGUACACUUUUCCAUGCAUGGUCCGUCAACGGAUACUUCCAUCGCAUUCAACAUGCGGAUUGGUUCGGUGGCAAGGGAGUGGGUCUUUGCCGCAUCCUUGUCGAUGGACAGAUGGUGCAUCUGUACAAUGCCCACCUGCAUGCCGAAUACGACAAUACCAACGAUGAGUACAAGACGCACCGCGUCAUCCAGGCCUUCGACACUGCUCAAUUUAUCGAAGCUACCAGGGGCAAUUCAGCACUGCAAAUCUUGGCUGGCGAUCUCAAUGCACAGCCCCAGGACAUCUCGUACAAGGUGCUGCUGUAUACCUCCAAGAUGCUUGACAGUUGCGCUUCGGAUUCAUUUCGCACCAACGAAUGUCAACAUAACUCGUACACCUCUAAGCGAGCUCUAGAGCGGAAUCCCCAAGGUAUCCGCAUCGAUCACAUAUUUGUGCGUGGUGGGGAUCAUGUGAAUGCUGAGAUAGCUGAGUAUAAACUACCCUUUCCGGAACGAGUGCCAGGUGAGAAGUUUAGCUUCUCGGAUCACGAAGCCGUGCUGGCCACGUUGCGUCUAUCCAAAUUGGCAGAUAGGACAGAGGAGUCAGUGGCCACCAUAGAGGUGAACUGUCAAGUAGAGGAUGGGGAGAGCUGUGCCGUAAGGGAACUGGGUGCUGGCGAUGCGCAGACAGGGGAGGACAAUCAAUCACAGCAGCAGCCUGGGGUGCAGUGCAAUGGCAGUUCCACUUCCAUCCAAUCCAUGCCCGCUGCCAGGACAGCCGCUCUUCACGAAGCUCUGGCUCUGUGCGAUGCUUCCCUGCUCCAGCUUAACACUGAUCGUGUUUUGUACUACAGCGCCGCAACCUUCCUGUUCGUACUUCUCGUUCUGCUGGUGGAGUUCACUGCUCCCGUUGGUAUGCGCACAAUUUUCCUGCUGCUAAAAUUCAUCGUGUUUGGCGUAAUUUUGUUCUGCGUGUUCAUGGCCUCUAUCUGGAACUACAUGGAACGAAACGGUGUUCUACAGGGAAAGAAGUCGAUGGAGGUGAUGCUGCACCAUGCACAGAAAUAUGAGUACUUCUACUGAAGCUGUGUGGACCACCCAAGCUCAAAGCGCAUUUAAAAUCUAUGUGUACCGUAGUUAAGCAAGUUUUGUAUUGUCCUUGACUAGAGUGUAUAAUUACUCUGAAAUGAUCUUUUCGUCCUGAAAUCUUUCAAUGCAAUUCCAUGGUCUAUUUCAAUUUAAGGCCAUCCAUAUCCCAGGAAAUAUAGUUCAAUAAAAGUGA